GACAGAAAUGGAAUUUGAGACUCGUUUUGUUGUUGAACAAGUUCACACCGCUCUUCUAGCAGAUUCUGCCGAUAAUGCUCAUCCUCUUUCAAAUCCUGGAGUAGGAAGCCCGCAAGCUGUGAGCGCUAUGUUUAGUACAAUAACUUAUAACAAAGGCGCUUCCAUAAUAAGACAGACUGAGCACUUCCUGGGUUCUGAAGUUCAUACACAAGGGUUGAUAAAUUAUUUAAAGCGAAGAUCUUUCCUCACUGCUAAGCCAAUAGACUUAUUUGUGGAUCUUGAGAGCGUUGGUAUUGAAACAGGUGCACUUGAAGCGUAUGGUCCUCAAUUCAACUUUAUCGAAUACUAUAAAUCUUGGACUGAGCAACCUGGACAUCCACUGCUCAGUGUUAACGUGAACCAUGCCACUGGCCGCAUGACCAUCACCCAGCGCCGUUUUUCUAUCAACACUGGCUUUUCGAGCGCCCCUACGAAUUACAUUGUGCCUAUUACUUUUGCAAGGGCUAGGGACCCAGACUUCAGCAACACGAAACCUUCUCAUAUUUUGACUGACUCCGUUACUAUUAUUGACCGUGGAUCCGUCGGCGACGAGUGGGUCAUUUUCAACAAGCAGCAAACUGGGUUCUAUAGAGUAAACUAUGAUGAUUACACUUGGAAUCUUAUUGCUCUUGCUCUUAGAGGCGACGACAGAACUCGUAUUCAUGAGUAUAACAGAGCCCAGAUCGUGAAUGAUCUGUUUCAAUUCGCGCGCUCUGGUGUAAUGACAUACAAUCGAGCAUUUAACCUUUUGGCAUUCUUGGAGAACGAAACUGAGUACGCGCCGUGGUUUGCUGCUAUUACUGGCAUUAAUUGGCUCCGGAACAGACUCGCUAGCUCUCCUGAUCUACUUUUAGAGCUCAACGAUGUGGUCAUUAAAUGGGCUAACACAGUCAUGACACAGCUUACAUAUGUACCUAGAGACGGAGAAUCGUGGAUAGAGUCGUACCUGCGUUAUCAAUUAGCGCCAUUGAUGUGUGCAAUGGGAGUCCCCGCCUGCCGUGCGGCAGCUACGACACAAUUCCAAGCUCUUAGGGAUACUGACACCCCUGUACCAGUAGACAGUCGUAAUUGGGUAUACUGUAAUGCUCUUCGUGAAGGCACUACAUCGGACUUCGAUUUUCUUUGGGAUCGAUUCCUGACGCACAACGUCUACACCGAGAAGAUUGUAUUGUUGCAGACUCUAGGUUGCACACCUUACAACAGCUCACUUUAUAAAUUUGUGAAUGCCAUCGUUUCGGACAACUUUGAAGUCCGUCCUCAAGACUACACGACCGCUUUUAGCUCUGCUGUCAACGGCAAUGAAGGGAAUACGAUGAUCGUCUUCGCUUACAUUCAAGACUACCUCGAUCAAGUUACACAAGCGUUCAAUUCAGCUACGACGCCUCUGGCCUACAUUUCCUCUCGAUUGAGAACUGAAAGUCAAGUAUUGGAGUUCCAAAGAUGGGUCAAUGACAGCCGUGCAGACUUAGGCGACGACUACCAAGCUGUUUAUAACAAUGCCAAUGCUGCCCUCGAGAGCAUCCAAUGGGUACAAGAUGUCUCUUCAGACUUGAACGACUAUUUCACCGGUGAUGAUAUCACCUUCGAUACGACUACAUCAAGUAGUACUACUACGGAACAGAUAACCACCGUAACACCUGGCCUUCUGGUGGAACCUAUCACACCAGAAUUUCCAAACUCCGCUGUCUCCACCGCCGUCUCUUUGUUACUCCUUUCACUCGGAGUCACCGUUCACUGGUUUUUCUAAGUUGUC